AUGUCCUUCAGCAACCCUCGCGACUCGGUCUUCAACCAGCCGAAGCCGGUGGUUCGUCUGCCUCAGGAUCUGCUAGAUGCCAUCACCAGAGGUGCCGAGCCGUAUCCCAUUCCCGAAGGAAGAAAAUACGAAUAUGGCACGGCAGGAUUCCGCAUGAGAGCGAACGCUGGAUUGGAUCACGUCAUCUACACUGUUGGACUCAUUGCUGCUCUGCGGUCGAAGAAGCGCAAUGCAACCAUCGGCGUGAUGAUUACGGCGAGCCACAACCCGGCGGAAGACAAUGGAGUCAAGUUGGUUGACCCCAUGGGUGACAUGCUCGAGCAAUCGUGGGAAGGGUUUGCCACUUCGCUGGCCAAUACACCCAAUGAUCAGCUCGCAAAGGCAUAUGGGGACCUUGUCAAUGAAACUCUGGUGGACGAAAUCCGUCAGUUGCAUGAGCGGCCAGCCAAGGUGGUUUUUGCGCGGGAUUCUCGUGCUUCCGGACCGUACUUGGUGACGGCUCUCAAGGCUGCUCUGGAUGCUGUCAAGGUCGAGUACACCGACUAUGGUCUCAUGACGACUCCACAACUGCACUACGUGGUGCGUUGCAUUAACACCAUGAAUUCCCCAUAUGCAUUUGGCGAACCAACCGAACAAGGAUACUAUAAAAAGAUGGCCAAGGCCUUCAAAACCAUCAUGCACGGACGGACGAUCCAGGGAUCCGUGACUGUCGAUUGCGCCAAUGGUGUUGGAGGCCCCAAGUUGAAGGAAUUGAUCAAAUAUCUUCCCAGCGGGAAAGAGGGCGGGAUUGACAUCAAGGUGGUCAAUGACGAUAUUGUCCGACCCGAGGCUCUCAAUUUCGAGGCGAGCUAUUUUCUUUCUGAGAUCUGCGGUGCCGACUAUGUCAAGACCAAACAGCGAGCUCCGCCAAGCUCGAAUGCCCAACCGGGUGAUCGAUGCUGCUCACUUGAUGGCGAUGCGGACCGUGUGGUCUACUACUAUACCGACGAGCAGAACAAUUUCCAUCUCCUGGACGGCGACCGAAUUGCCUCUUUGGGAGCCGUCUUCCUUGCUGAUAUGACACGGAUUGCGGGGAUCGAUCAGAAACUCAAGAUUGGCAUUGUUCAGACCGCGUACGCCAAUGGUGCGGCGACGGAAUACGUGGAGAAGGUGUUGAAACUUCCCGUCACCAUCACUCCCACGGGAGUGAAGCAUCUCCACCAUGCGGCGGCGCGGUAUGACAUCGGCGUCUAUUUCGAAGCCAACGGCCAUGGUACCGUGCUCUUCUCGGACCAUGCGAUCAAAGUCAUCCGAGAAUCAGAACCCAAAUCUCCUGGACAAAAGCACGCACUGGAGUCUCUCCGCGCUUGCAUUGACCUGAUCAACCAGGCCGUGGGCGAUGCCAUCUCCGACAUGUUGUUCGCCGAAGUCGUCCUGGCUCACAAAUCUUGGACUCUGGAAAAUUGGCGCAACACUUAUAUCGACCUUCCCAACCGACUGGUGAAGGUGGAAGUUCAUGACCGAUCCAUCUUCAAGGCCACGGAUGCCGAGAGGAAACUCGAAUCUCCAAAAGGCGCCCAGGAUGAAAUCGACAAGUAUUGUCAGAUGUAUGUCAAAGGACGUGCUUUUGCUCGGGCUUCGGGCACAGAAGAUGCUGUCCGAGUCUAUGCAGAAGCCCAUUCCAAAACCGAGGCGGAGAAGCUUGCUGGUCAAGUUGCUGAAGUGGUCCGAAAAUAUGGCGCGGGUUGA